UCAAACUGAUAGAUACUAAGCGUCAUCAUGUCUCUUCUGAGGUGCGUAAACUUGAGAUUACUAAGGGAGGCUACGAAUAAGUGUUCACCUGCUACAUCAGUGAGGCUGCAACAGAAACGCUGGGUAAACGUUAAAGCAAAAGAAAUGGAGAAUGCUGCCCAAGUUCUGGGAGGAGUAGAGUUCGAAAUAAAAAACAAAAAUUUGAAACGCCCGCUCUCUCCACAUCUUUCCAUUCAUAAGAUGUGGAGUAACAUGGUUCUAUCCAUGACGCAUAGGUUCACAGGCGUUUUUCUAUAUGUAAUUCCAUUUGGAUUGGCUUCAGUAGCAAUUUGGUUACCAGAAUCUUACCCAGACUAUUUGGGUACGCUGGAAGCCAUGCAUCUGAAUAAGUUCAUUAUUGCCACCACAAAAUUUCUCAUAGCCUUACCCUUUUCGUUCCACUUUUUAAGUGGAAUCCGGCAUAUUAUUUGGGAUACUGGCCAUUGGUUGACAGUGAAGGAGGUCAAUCGGUCCGGAUACAUUCUUAUAGUCCUCGCAGUUGCCUUGGCGAUUCAUCUUACAUCUUUAUAGAAACACAAAAAUCAAUAAAUAUUAAUAAUUCACCGCAGAUC